GCCCGGCACAGAGAACGGCGGCGGAGAGGGGGCAGCGCGGAGGAGCGCAGCGCGGCGGAGCGCAGCGCAGCGGCCGCCUCUCUCCGCUCACGGCGGCGGCAGAGCUGCGGGGGACCGUGACUCCUCCUGCGCCCGGAGCGAACUUGUCCUCGCCUUGCCGCCGGUGCGCCCCGGUGUCCGCUCGCUGGGAACUUGUGCCGGUCGCUGAAAUAUUGGAUUAUGUUCCUGCCGAGCCGGGCUGCGGGGAGCUGAGCAGGGAAGGAAGAAUGCGGGUCUGUUGGAUGGUCUUCUGCCUUAUUUGCUGCACCGCGAAGGGGCAAGUGGUGUACUCCAUCGCCGAGGGAACAGAUCGCGGAACAUUUGUUGGAAACGUAGCAAAGGAUUUAGGAAUAAACGCGGCUGCACUUUCAGCCCGGAAAUUUCGCAUGAUCAUCGGUUCAAGUAAGCAAUAUUUUAACAUAAACGCAACCACGGGGGUUUUAUCUGUUAACGAGCCAAUAGACAGAGAGCAGCUUUGUGAACUAAAAUCUACAUGUCUUCUGAAUUAUGAACUCGUGCUAGAAAACCCUCUAGAGCUUUAUAGAAUGGAAUUUAAAGUCCUGGAUGUAAAUGACAACUCCCCCAGCUUUCCUUUAAGUGAAUAUCGUGUAAGUGUGCCUGAGUUCCUGUCACCUGGGGCACGGUUUGCACUCCCUAAUGCCCAGGAUCUCGAUGAAGGUACUAACGGUGUCCAGAAUUAUAUUCUGAACCCUGAUGAACAUUUCCAUUUGGAAAUGCAGAUGCGCGGCGACGGGAGUGUAUAUCCUGAAUUGGUGCUGAAGAAAGCCUUAGACAGGGAACAGCAAGCCACUCACAGACUUGUUCUUAUAGCCGAAGAUGGUGGAGAUCCUCCAAGGUCUGGCGAUGUCCCUGUCAUUGUGACUGUUUUGGAUACCAAUGACAAUGCACCAGAAUUUGAGCAAUCAGUCUACAGGGCGAGUGUCCUGGAAAACUCCCCCAGUGGCACAUUGGUAGUGCGAGUGCAUGCCACAGACUUGGAUGAAGGUCCCAACGGAGAAGUCAGGUAUUCAUUUAGCAAUGCUACAGCUGCUGACCUACAGCAAAUGUUCUUAAUUCACCCGCACACCGGGGAGGUGACAGUCAGUGGCGAUUUAGCAGUUCAGAGACCUCUUCUCGAGAUGCUUAUUGAAGCAAGGGAUAAAGGGGCAUUUGCCUUGUCAAGCACAGCUAAGCUGCUGGUGGAGAUCACUGAUGUGAACAAUCAUGGGCCAGAGAUAACUAUUGCAUCCCUUUCCAAUCCCAUCCCUGAGGAUGCUGUUCCUGGCACAGUGAUAGCUCUGCUGAGUAUUGUGGAUAAGGACCCUGGGGAGAAUGGGAAAGUAACCUGCCAGAUCCCUGAUAACCUUCCCUUCCAGUUGAAACCUUCCCUGGAAAACUACUACAGCCUGAUCACCAGCGGGCUCCUGGACCGAGAGCUGAUCAGUGGGUACAACAUCACCAUCACUGCCACGGACUUGGGAUCUCCUCCCAUCACUACUCAGCAGACACUUUGGGUGCAGAUUUCCGAUGUGAAUGACAACCCCCCUGUCUUUGCUGCUGACACAUUUGAUGUGUUUGUGGAGGAGAACAAUCCACUUGGUGCUUUUCUCUACCAGGUCUCAGCCUCUGACCUUGAUAUAGGGGAGAAUGGGCAGAUCUCUUACAUACUCAGGAAUUCAACAGUUGCAGGCAGUGCCCUGACCAGCUUUUUGUCUGUAAGUUUAGUCAAUGGGAGCAUCUAUGCAAAACGUGCCUUUGACUUUGAGCAGCUUAGAAGCUUCCAUUUCCAAGUGGAAGCCAAGGACAAUGGGUCACCAGCCCUGAGUGCUGCCAUGACUGUGAAUGUUUACAUCUCAGACCAGAAUGACAAUGCCCCAGCCAUCCUGUACCCCAUCGGCCAGAAUGGCUCAGUGGCAGUGGAAGUUGUGCCCCGCCUGGCUGACGAGGACUACCUAGUGACCAAAGUGGUGGCAGAUGAUGAGGACAAUGCAGAGAAUGCCUGGCUCUCCUAUCACCUCGUCCACUCUUCUGACUCCACGCUGUUCCGCUUGGCACCGCACUCGGGUGAGCUACGCACCACCCGCUCCUUGCGCUCCACCGACCUCCUUAAGCACAAGGUGGUAGUGGUGGUGCGGGACCAUGGGGAGCCACCGCUCUCCUCCACGGUGACUGUAGGCAUCCUGCUGGCUGACACUCUGCCCCAGGCUCUGCCUGACUUUGAUGAUAAUGGGGAGCCGCCACCGCUGCUCAAUGCUACAAACAUCUACUUGAUUGUUUCUCUUGCUUGUGUCUCCUUCAUCUUCACAGUGUUUCUCCUCUUUCUUGCCAUUGCACGGCUGUGCCACUGCUGGGCUUGUCACCACCAGGGUUGCUGCUGCAGCAUUUGUUGCUGCUCAGCUGAUGAUUAUGAAAAAUAUCGAUACAGUGUACACAUGCUUCCCAGCUCCCACCUCCCACCAGACAUGCUGGAGGUCACUGGUAUGGGUAAACUGACUCAUACUUACUUGUACAGGGCAUCUGUAGGCCUUGGGCUUGAGAACAGCAAUAUCCCAAAUGGGGAUGCUGGGAAUGUUCCCAGCAGCUCAAGGUUACAAGUGCCAGGACCCUGCAUCCAAGUGCAGCAGAUCCAAAGUGACCGUUUGAGUGCUGUCCUCAUGCCAAAACACCCCAAUCCUGACUGGCGCUACUCCGCGUCCCUAAGGGCGGGAAUGCAAAGGGUGCUGUGCAUAUGGAGGAGGCAGGGAUCUUACGUGGAGGACCAGGAGGGCCUGACCAGCAGUGGCCAACAGUCUCCAGUGCUACUCCAGCCUGAGGCAGGAGAGGUGUCCCCCCCGGUGGGAGCUGGUGUGAACAGCAACAGCUGGACCUUUAAAUUUGGACCCAGCAAUUCGAAACAAGGUGGUCCUGGUGAGUUGCCAGACAAAUUCAUUAUCCCAGGAUCUCCUGCAAUCAUCUCCAUCCGGCAGGAGCCACCAAACAGCCAAAUUGACAAAAGUGACUUCAUAACCUUUGGCAAGAAGGAAGAGACCAAGAAAAAGAAGAAAAAGAAGAAGGGAAACAAGACUCAGGAGAAAAAAGAAAAGGGCAACAGCACCACUGAGAACAGUGACCAGUGA